CAGUACUAGGCUGGUAUGUGCGGAAAGCGCGACAGAAUUGAGCUCUCCACAUGGAUGUGUAUGUGAGCAACAGUGGCCGUUCUUUGAGAAAAAAAUGUUACACCCGCCCGUCACAGCAACCCCGGGAAUGAAAGUCCUCGACCCGGUUCCGGAGAUGAGCAUGGGCGUGGAUGGCUCGCUUGCGCCAGCCGAAGACGGUGGUGCAAAUGUCCGCAGUUCGCAACCCAACCCGCUCCGUGGUUCUACCGACUACACGCCCGAACAGAAGCAGCUCUCUUCUGUCCUGGUCAAGCUGCUAUGAACUGCAAAAGUAUCGUACUCGUAUAAAUGCAUGACAGAUUUCGAUUUCCCCAGCGUGAGAGAUAAUUUGUAAUGCGGAUCUACACUGAAAAAAAGAUUUGUAAUGCAUGAUUGCAAUACGAGCGCGAUACUUUUGCACAGGAUACCUGCACUCGCAGAAUAAGGUCCUCGCCUUCGAGCACAGUAGACAGCAGCAGGAGAUCGCUAUGCUGCGGAAGAGUUUGCUGAUGCAGAGCGCCUCGGGCGGCAUGGCAGGUUUGCUUGGAGCUUCUUCAGGCUCUGGUGGAGCAGCUGGUGUCACGCAUAGUCAAAGCCAGCCGCAGUUGCCGACUAUACACGUGUAUGGAUUGUAAAAAUGUCUGGGUCUGGAAGGUUGGGACUUGUAAUGCGAGCUUUCCAUACCUAGAAAAUAUUGCAUAACGAACAAAAGUCGCACCCUCUUUUGUCAUGCAAAAACGCAGUUUCUCAUGCGCAUUGCCUAUGAGAAAGUGUUUUGGGAAGUUGUCACGCCGGACUGCAUUCGGAAGUGUUUUCAUCAUGCACAUUUUACCAUCACAAGUUUCCAGACCCAGACAUUUUUGCAUUUCAUAACGUGACCGAUACAACAAGUGCCGGCGAGGACCAGACGGUGGAUAGGUCAAAUAUCUUGGCCAACCUCAGCAUAAUCACCCCCUCCUCCGCGACCGCGGGAAACGCACAGAUCAACAUGGGCAGCCACGACCAGUAUCAACAGCAUAAUGGGGCAGUGGAGGUGCAUAUCAAAUGUAAAAAUGUCUGGGUCUGGAAGAAUGCAUGUUUGUCAUGCUAAAUCUGGAUCAUGCAACAAUCUAUCUGUGUUGCAUGAGUACCAAAAGCCGUGCAUUUUGACCAAGGUGAAAAGGAGUUUCUCAUGCAGGAUAGGCAUGUAAGAUAGAGAUCUCGCAGAAUCUGUCAUGCUAGGCCCUGCAUUCCAGACCUCGUGGGGCAUGGAAAACCUGCAUUACAAAUCGCGUAUUCUCCCAGACCCAGACAUUUUUACAUUUGAUAGUGCAUCCUAGUUCUUCUUCCCGCGCCAGCAGCAAGUCAACCAACUUGAUGUUUUCUAUAUCCUGAGUAAAAACGUACCCACACCAGAGUUGUAAUGCAGAUUUGCAAAGACAGGAAGACUUGUAAUGCGCAUCCCCAUGAGAGCCAUUUCCAGUCGUGUUUUGGAAUUUGUGAUGCUGUGAACAGGAUGAGUAGCUGGAUUGGUGAUGCGGCUGCACUUGCUAACCUGCACUACACUGCAGAGCGCAACUUGUCAUGCGUGACUCACAAAACUCCUAGGUUUGUGUUGCAAAAUCCCCAUCCAGACUCUAGUGUGGGUACGUUUUUACUCAGGAUAUUCGACUUCCCAACAAGGGGGUUAUUUGACUGGGCAAGGGCAUGGCGGGGGAAACCACAGCGCAAGCUUAAGCAUACGGAACAAGCAGGAGAUAACUAAAAGCACCAGAACCGCUGAUGACAACUCUUGCUCACAGCCGGCAGAUUCGGCAGGGGACGGAAGUUGUAACUCGGGGUCUUACAAUAACUGCGCUGGUGACGAGAACGAGUCAGACUCAGAAAUGGUUCUCUGGAAUGAGUCAAUGAACCUCCACGGAGGUGGUGGUCCACAUAAUACAACUUCGUCUUCAUCGCAUCAUUUCAUGAGCAACAACUUUUUCGCCCUAAACAACUCGACGCCACAGCUCGCAGCCUCCGCUGCCGCAGCGGCCGCAAUGCAUCCCGGAGGGGGCGCCAGUGCUAGCAACAAGAGCGUGAGUUUCAAUUUGAGCAGGAGUAGUGGGAGCAGAUUACUCCCUCCAGCAGGAGCCAUUUCGAGUACAACUACAGCUGCGCAUCAGAGGACGCUCGCUGCAGAUCAAAAUCCUAUCUCUUCCUCAACUACCUUCUCUGGCACGACUGGCUCAGGUGCAGCAGCAGCAGCCAACAUCACCCCCAACAUCUCCCACACCCGCAUCUCCAUGCUAGAGCAACUCCAGUCCAGCCAGGCGACGUUGCUAGAGACGCAAAAACUUGCGAUUUUCAGUCGGUGCUGUGAGUGGAGCGGGCGACAGAGAAUAACGCUCCAGAAACGAAGAACUUGUUUCGCCGCUUGGAAAACUUUAGUAGAAACGAAAAAGGAAGAGGAGUUGAAAUUUACAAAGCACUUGCAAUAUGAACUGCAAAUAUUAAAGUACCGUACUCGUAUAAAUGCAUUACAAAUUUGAAUUUCCUUAGCGUGAGAAAUAAAAUUUUUAAUGCUGGCCAAGGUUAAGAAAACGACUUGUAAUGCAUGAUUGUAAUACGAGUGUGAUGCUUUUGCACAGGAUAUGCAACAAGAGCUGGAAACGGUGCAUCAGCAGUUAGAGCAGAUGGAGCAACAGUUUGAAAAUCAGGCGGCUUCUCACCGACAAGAAACCGCAUUUCUGGAAGAAAAACAAGACUACAUGGUCUACGCACUGCAGACGAAAUUCCACCACCGCUCAAUUCAGCAACAAGCUUUUCACUCCUGGAAGCAAAUAGCUGUAUCGAGGAAGCACUUACUUGACCUUGCUUUCCACCACGCGAGGGGGGAGAAGAGUUUGAAAAAAUACCGAUUUUCCAUGCUCCAGUUCUGCAUGCGGAGCUGGGGCGGGUACUGCCGACAAAGCAAUAGAAGAAACAAGAAAUCACAGCAAGUUUUGGAGAUGAAAUCAACUUCCAAACUUCUAAAACACUCCUUCCUCGCUUGGAAAACCCACGCGGACCGGGAAGCCCGGUUUUGGUGCAAGUAUUUCUUUGUGCGGAGGUUGCGACGGCGGGAGCUGUUUUCGCGGUUUUUAACCGGCUGGUACUUUUACGCGUGUAAGGAGAGAAAAUUGAAAAGGGAGAACGAACAUUUGUUAAACGAAAAAAACGCGAUGGAGUUCUCCUUGAAAACAAUGCGGGAAUCGGUUUUGGAGAUGUUAUCACAAGAAAAAGUGUUAACGUUAAUGGAAUUUGUGAUGCAGAAAUGCAUCACAAGACGCGUCACCAGAGUUUGUCAUGCAUAGCAUGCAUAUUGGGCUACAUUUGUGAUGCAUGAUUGCAAUCUGUGAAAACUGUUAACGUUAUACACUUUUUCCUGUGAUAGGUGUCGAUGAAAGACCAAGACAACAAAGCUGGUGGUGCAUCUUCUGCACCAAAACUACAGGACGUCGAAGCUGCUGCUGCCUCAUCUUCCCUUCCCCCGGUUUUUCACCUUCGCUCACCCACUUUGGAAGACCUGAACGAGGAGAACGUAUUGGCGCCGGGCGGAACUACUGCGCCUUUUGCGUUAGAAGCUGCAUCGACGUCAAGAGGAGACCACUUAUUGCGAAGCAGCAUGACAAACAAGGAUAGCCGAGUCCUCCGUCGUCCCGAGAAAGUCUACGAGCCCAUACCGCGGUUGACGCCGCUGAUGCAGAAGUACGGACUUGCUUCGCCGUCCCCGUCACCUGGUGCUGCUUCCCCGCAUGACAACUUCAACCUCCAUCCCCCUGAUCAUGAUUUCGCAAUAGAAUUAGCCGCCCAAAAAUCUCCGAUGGAGCAACUGGUUGAGCAAGCGGACAAGAGCAUUCGGGUGCAGAUUCUCUUCUCCGUUUUGGAUAAGAUGCACAAAAUUUGCACCCAGAAGUCCAAACUCCGGAGUUUCAAGCAGCUGGAACUGAACAAAUUAGGUUGCUACGCGGAAAGCUGGAAAGAAAACCAGGUGGUGGAGCAGGAUAAUCUCUUCGACAAUAUCGCGGAAUUUGCGAUGAAGAAACGAAGAAGGAAAAUCUUGCAACUCCUUUUCAAAAAAUUCCUACGCAACCGCGACAAAACCUUUCGACUGGAGGCGCUGUUAGUGAAGAGAAAACACCGGAUCAUGAAAGAGAACUUCAACUACUUCAAACAAGUUUUGACGAAGGACAGAAAAGCGAGGAUCGAUUUUGAAUCUUCAACUACGCAGAAGGAAAAACUGCAGCAGUUUUUCAACCAGAAACUUGCAAAGCCGCUGAACGAAAAACUUGCCCGCGCGGUCCUUCAAAUCUGGCAGUCCGCGAACUCGGAUAUCAACAGUAAAUUUCCCGUAGUACACGUACAAAUGCGUUCUCUGCAUGACAAAACUUGGCUUCGAUCCUAGUUUAGCAGGACAAGUUUUGCGCUCCAAAUUCGGUGAAAUUUAUUUUUGUGAUGCAUCUUGUACAUGUGCGGGAAAUUUGUAUUGCAUAUCGGAACUGAAGACGAAAUGCGAGUCCUUCGUGACGUUGGUCACGCAGUUGAAACUGUACAAGCAGCGGGAGUGGAAAAAACACUUUUUCUACAAAUUGAAGGUCAAUAUGAAUUGCAAAACUAUCGUACUAGUAUAACUUGCAAUACAAAUUGGCUCAGCAUUUAUACAAAGUGAAUUUGUAAUGCGGGUUUGCCUUAACAACUAGAAUUGUAAUGCAUGACCGCAAUCAGAAGUAUGAGUGCGAUACUUUUGCAGUGCAUAUUCAACAGCUACCAGCAAUCCGUCCGGGAUUUGGAAAAAGCGACUUGUCUCCUCGCCGGGUUGGACAAAAUCAACCAGUUGAUUGUGAUAUGCAUUGCAAAUAUGUCUGGGCCUGGAAGCCUGUGAUGCUGAACUGUUCACGAUGAAAACGCUUCCGAAUGCGGCCAAGCAUGACAAGUUUGCAGAAGGGUUUCUCAUGAUACGCUGUCUGCAUGAGAAGCUGCGUUUUUGUAUGACAGAAGACGCCGCGUCUUUUGCUGUUCAUGCAAUACAGAUUUUUCCGGAAUGUAAGGCCAGCAUUACAAGUUGCAACCUUCCAGAUCCAGACCCAGACAUAUUUGAAAUGCAUAUGUGAAGAAGCAGAACAAUUCGAAGCAGUUCUUCUUGUUGCAACUGAAAGCCUGCUCGUUUGGAAAAUUGAUCCGGAAUUUGGACAUGAGCUGUCAAUUUGAAGUCCGGCAGUUGAAACAGAAUUCAAAAAUGGACGAGCAGAGAUUGGUGGAGGAGAAAAGUUACCAAAUGCAAAUACGUCUGAGUCUGGAACAAUGCAUGUUUGUCAUGCUUGUCUGGCAUGGCUCUCAAAUCUGUCAUGCACGUUACCCAAGAGCGCCGGUUUUCUGUCAUGCAGAAACGCAGUUUGUGACGCAGUAUAGGCAACACCCAGAAGAAGCUCAGAAACUUGUGAUGCUGCGCCAGCACUUGUGGCCUCCUCAUGAUACGCCAUCCCGCAUCACAAGUUUCCAGACCCAGACAUAUUUGCAUUUGAUAAAAGUGGUAUUGAGAAAAAGCUGAAUUUGGUGGUGAAGGAGUUAGAAAAGUGCGUGAAGGAGCUGGAUAAGGAAAAGAAAAAAUCAAGUUUACUGGAAAAACAGUGUGACGAGGUGAGGAAGACCAGUGAGGCGGAAAAGGGGCAAUUAGUGUCGGAGAACGAGAUAUCAAAUGCAAAAAUGUCUGGGUCUGGAAGAAUGCAACUUGUGAUGCUGAAUUUGGAUUCCAAAAAAAUCUGUACUGCAUGAGCAGCAAAGGGAGCGUAAUCAAUGCUUGCUACGCGGGGAGGGCAUUUGUCAUGCGGAAUAGGCAUCAAGAAGCCCUCAAAAAAUCUGUGAUGCUAGGGCAUGCAUCACAGACAUCAUGGCUCAUGCAAAAAGUGCAUGACAAGUCUCAGAACCUUCCAGACCCAGACACUUCUGCACUUGAUACGAGAAAUUCAAGAAGCUAGCGGAAAAGCAAUUAGAAGAGCUGCAAGUGGCGAUAGGUACUACUGCAACACUUCAUCUGAGUUUGUCGACGAUAAUGUAGUUAACAUGAUUGAUGAUGUUUUAUGUUUUUGCAGUUUUGUAUGAGCAUGACAAAAGUCACUUGCUUUGGUGCGAUUUUUCGCAUGACAAACAGGACACAUCAUCACACAACAUCAAAUGUUGAAACAAAAACAGCCGAAGAGAAAGAUCUGCUCCUUCACACUAUUGACACGGAACGCGAGAAAAUCAGCCAGCUGCAAGACGAGAAAGAGCAAUUCGCGAUAGAAAUGAACAACCACUACCAGGACAUGUUGUUGCAGCAAACCAAACAGCUCCAGCAGGAAGUGAUCCACGAGAAAAAUAUCCGGCUGGAACUCCAGCAGGAACUCCAACAAACCGAAAACAACAAAGAACAUCUACGGCAGUCAUUAGAGAAUUACUGCACGGUGCAGGAAGUUGCGCAGGUGAAAAUCGGGUGUGAGUCGGAUAAUUUGGUGAAGAAAGUAAGGGAAUUAGAAAGACAGUUUAUCAAUUGCAAAUACGUCUGGGUCGGGAGAUUGCGAUAUUUGCCAUGCUGGUCUGGUAUGACUCUGAAAUCUGUAUUGCGUGGCCGCGAAGAGCCCCUCUCGCCUGUCAUGCAAAAAUGCAGCUUCUCAUGCGGAGUACGCAACUCAGAAGCACGGAAAAACUUGCCUUGCUGUGCAGCGCAUCAUAGAGUGCUCACUCUUCCCGUCUUUGCAUUACAAGUUUCCAGACCCAGACAUAUUUCCACUUGAUACAGUUGUAUGAGGAACAAAAACGGUUCGAGGAGUCACAGAAGGUGGUGCUGAGUCAGAGUCAGGAGCUGUGCAGGUUGUUCACUCUGAAACAGCAGGAACAGCAGGGCGGAGGAGGUGGAGAUGAUGCUGGUGAUUUACUUCCACUUCCAAUCGCCGACGCGUCUGGUGGGUCGGGCCGAGGAAAGCCGGUUUUGAAACGCGGCGGAGCAGGUGCAGGAGGGCAAGUACAGGUGAGCAAGAGAGCCGGAGGAGUUGUGUCACACCAGAACAAGAGUCUUCGAAACCAGUCAAAAAACUCAACGACUUCCAGUCGGAGCACAAGCACCUCUGUCGCGAUGCGAACGAAGGCGAGGGCAAGGAUAGUUAAUGCUGGAACUACGAGUGCGGCUGCCAUUGCACCGCCUCAGCCGCUACCCGUGGUCGCGCAGGAAUGGCAUCAGGGGCGAAGCACGUCUGUGGCUUCCAUGCAAAGCCAGCAGCAACAACCAGUGAUCUUCCAGUUCUACGGACAGCCGCAGGUAGAGAACCACAAUUCAUCUUCGAAGCAGAAGGGUGGGAACGAUUUGAACAGAAGUAGGAGUCGGCUUUAUUCCGCCAGUCCACGAGGUGGAAUUGCACUUGCAGGCAUGAGCAGUGGCAUUUCACCUAGAAUAACACCUUCUGCUACCGGCACUGCGACAGCGAGACAGAGUCGAAGUCCACGGUCGCCAUUACAACAGCACCAGAGAACUUCUUCUAACCGUCCUCGCACGCUCUCCAACGCUUCUACUAAAAGCAGCCGAAACAAGGUUUUCAAAAACAGCAAGGACGCAUUCAUUCACGAGCGCAGCCCGCUCUCCUCCCGCUCUGUCACUCCAAUUAACCGGCCAACAACAGCUUCCGCGAAUAAAAGGAAACAGAUUCUCUUUGGACCAUCCGGGCAGUUGGACGUCGGGUACCGAAGUAGAACAUCCAGGUCCUCUCGGGGAAACAGUUUUGUGUCCUCAGUUUCUGCUUCUCCGAGGACGAACAAUAGCAGGCAGAACAGCCGCACCAGGAGGAUGGUAAACGAAAAACUUCUGAACAGCUCGUCCGCGCAUAGAAAUAGAUCACUUUGCAGAAACGACUCCAGGUCACCGCCCCGGAUGGUCAACACUGCAACUGCGAAAAUGAGUCUCCGCGAACAAGUGGCCGCAUCUUUGAGCAGUCCGAUAAGAAGCAGAAGUGUGGUCGCGAAAAGAAGCCAGCAGCUGGUGGCGCCGCGGUUGAGCUCGGUGGAGAAUUCUUUUGUAAUGGCAUCAAGUAGAAGCCCCGUGAGAAGGCACCAGAGUAGGCCAGGAACAACGGCGAUGGGGACGACAACUAGUACGGCGAUGGUGAGUAAAACAGCAACCACUAACUCGGCUUUCAAGAAAACUUCCUCCGCCGCCAGUUCUGACCAUUUGCGCCGGUCGGUGAGUUUCAGCCCGACACGGAAAACGAGAACAGUGGCUGGGUGGGGGAGGGGAGAUGCAGCAAAUCAGAAUAGUACAGCUACAAGUGCGCAAAUAAACCAAAAGACGGUAGGAACGAAACAACACGUCGUGCGCGACACGGCAGCUAACCGAGCGAGAGCCAAGCACAAUCUUGCGACGCAGCAAAAGAAGUAAGUAAAAAGUCUCUACAAUCAAUAGCGCCGUAAACAUAAACAAGCACCAUACAAGCAUCAU